GAAAGGAUGCUUCACUCUCCAAUGAAUCCUUAAAACAAAUGAGAUUCAGGUCACCGUUUUAUGGUUUUAUUACAAAAAGCCUUUCAAUUCAACGAGGUACGACUUUAUAUGAUCAAAAUAAAGAAGACAAAAUAAGGAUUAGGAUUUAAUAGAUUUUAGAAACCCCACACCAGCUUCCCUGUGGCGCCUUACUGCAGUAAAGGACGGCAUUGGAGCGCCCCUCUGUGGUUGGUAAAUGAAGUGCAGUAGAAAAUGCAACCUAUUUACUGAAACUGAAACAACCUAUUUAACCUUAAAUAACCACAAGCAACACACAUACUGAGUCUAAAAAACCCCCAAACAAAACAACAACUUUACAGAGUUUAUAUAUUUCUACCAUAAAUUUAUUAUAAAGAUCUGAAUAGAUGAGACAACACUUUAGUUGUCUUUGUAGAGAGAACAUUAAGGGAGAGAACAUUAAAGCCUCUCUGAUCAAGAGUCCUCAUCUGAUAAUGCCCAACGACUCAAAAUGAGCCAUCUGAGUAUUGAAGAAGUGAGAAUGAUCAUUAUGCACCAGCUAGGGUUUCAGAGUGGGUGUUGGGUUAUAUUUUGGGUUGACUUCCUGUUAAGUUUCUUUUUCUUUGAAAGAGAUCAACGAUGUGGAGCUUUCAGAAACUGUUCUUCACUCUGUGUUCAGCUCUGAGCUGUGUGUGCAGCGCUGCAGAUUUGAUCCAUGUGUUUGGAUACGAAGGUACAGGUGUGCAGAUUUCCUGCUCAUAUCCUGAGGGUUAUGAGACUUAUGAAAAGUACCUGUGUAGGAACGACUGCGCGGACGAAGACGUCCUUAUUACAACAUCACAAACAAAUAAACCCAGACACUCCAUCCAUGAUGAGAGAACGACAAGAAUCUUCACAACAACAAUUUCUAACCUUCAGUCAGCCGACGCUGGGACAUAUUGGUGUGGAGUGACAAGGAAUGGAAAAGAUCUCUACACCGAGGUAAAACUGGAAACAAAACAAGAUGGAUGCUGCAGCACGGUGAACAACAUCCAGGGUAACGAAGGCGGCUCAGUGACCAUCAGCUGUCCGUACGACUCUCAGUCUGUCGACAAGCUGAAGUUCCUCUGCAGAGGAAACCGACCCUCCACUUGUCUUCAGCAGGCAGUGAUCACCUCUAGCAACACACAAAAUGGACGAUUCAGACUCUCUGAUGACAGGAAGUCAACAAUAUUCACAGUGACCAUUUCCAGUCUGACCCUGGAGGAUUCUGGGUCGUAUCUUUGCGGAGCCCAGAGAAACUCAGGAUUUGAUGAUUUCUCUGCUGUUGAGCUGGAGGUCAAAGAAUGGUGCUGUGUGACGUCAAAGACAAUUAGAGAAACUGCAGGACAUGAAGUAACCUUGCAGUGCCCUUAUCCGCCUAAUCACCGAAACAACAGGAAGUUCCUCUGCAAAGGAAGUCAACGCAGCAACUGCACAGACGUGAUGAAGGGUCAAAGCAGAUUCUUAGUUCACAGCGAUUUCUCCGAGUCUUUCUCCGUUAAAAUCACCCAGCUGGAAGCAGGAGAUACCGGAACGUACUGGUGCCGUUCAGAGCCCGAGUGGAACGUCGGAAAUUAUACCCAGUUUCAUCUGUCUGUAGUAGAAGAAGAACAGAAUGCGGCCAAAGAGAAAACGCUUCAGGCGUUGCCAACACAAGACAUCACAGCGGCAUCUCGACACCAGAGCAGCAGAGCGAAAACUAGACUUACAACCGCCCCGCAGGUCUCUAAGGAACUCAUUGAAGGGUUUCCAGACGCCGCUCUCUAUUCACUCGUUGCCGUCUUUGGUGGGCUGCUGCUGGUGACUGUCAUCCUGGUCACGGUUUUCAAGAGCAAAUGUCGCAAAGUGAAAGAAGUCGGAGUCGCUGCAGACGGGAAAAAGCUCGACUUCGUGGAAGCGCAGGAAGUGUGUGGAGGAGAAGAUGUGUAUCAGAAUCAUGACUCUAUGGUGAUGAGGUCACAGCAGGUCGCCUCCUGGCAACAACAUGCCAGCUGUCACUUCAGUGAUGUGGACGAAGAUGAAGCUGACUAUGAAAACGUCACAGCAGCUGAAGACAUCUACUGCAACCAGGAUUUCCAAAAAUAUAAGUGACGGAGAGCAAGUUUAGCGCUUAACUAAUGCACAUUUUAAUUUGUGGCUUCUCUGAAAAUACUCAGAAAAUAAUAUUUUCUUCUCUGAAAAUAUUGCAGUGGUUAUCCAGAAUUAAUUUCUCUGUGUCUCAAGAUUUAUAGAAAUAUUUUCCGUUUAAAUUUGUGUUGCUUUAAUGUUUCUUUUUCACUGCACACAUUUGCUUGAUUUUAUUGAAACAAUCAUAUUAUUAUCUAUACAAAAACAGCUACAUAUUAACCAUAUGUAAAUAAAAAUAUGUACAAAUAAACAAGUAGAGUUGAGAGGAA